AGAAGUAGAUGGAGUUGUGGCCUCAUUUGUAGAGGCUGCCAGCUGAUAGACACCUACAUCCACAAGAAUGUGAGAGGUAAGCUCUGUUGUGCAUGAUCUGCUGAUUUUCUUGUACCUGUAGACUGGUUAUUUGUUCUGCUAGUUAGUUUUACCCACAUUCAGGAACUGUGACUGUAUGACUUCAAGCCUCUGUUAUAAAAACAUUGUUUGUACUGAUGUGGUUUCAGGCAUAUUGGAAGUAUCAGCAUGGACAAGGCAGGUCUCAACAGUUCAUGCUGGUGAGAACUACUGGUAGCUAAAUUUGAGAAUGAACCUCAAAAGCCUCAUAGGACUGUUUGCAGGUAUUUCAUUAUAUAGAGAAGUCACCAGCUUACUGUAUAGCUUAUCUCUGUCUUUUGCUGUGUUAUUGCCUUUUCAUUUGGUUAUGUAAAUAAUGUACAUAUUGUCUUUUUUUUUUUCCUAGUGACUUGCUCUAUGUGGUUAUUCCUGCUUUUUUUUUAUGAUGCUUUGGAAAUGGGUUCCUGUAAAUUUUGAAUGAUUUUAGCCAAUGAUACAUAAGGCAGAAUCCUUGCCAGGGAUUGACCUAAAGAAAGCCCAUAGGCUUCCCAGAAAACCUGGCUUCUUGUCCUGCUCUGUGGAAACAGGAUUUUAUUUCUAUCAUUUACUUACCUAGGACCCUGCCUAAGGACCUAGGUCUCUUGGGAUUUGUGCAGAAAAAAAUUUUUGCACGAGGACCCUAAUUUGUUUCUGGUUUGUAGGCUUAGAUGUUGAGAUACUUGCUGAUAGCCUGUGAAAUAGACUGAGGCAUCCAUUGAAAGCUUCAAGCUGUGGGGAAGGUAGUUGCUGAGUGGACAGAAGGUUCACAAGGCAAUUUGAGAAGUGCCUCUGAAAAUAUUGGCCUUAGUUACCAAGCAAAACACUUACAUGAGAGUGUGAAGUGAUAGGAAUGAAAAUGAGCUGGAGCUACAGCCAAACUAAAAGUCUAAUUUUCACUGGGCUGAAAUUUUUGUCUUAGCUCAUGCUCAGAUCUUGUUCAAAGAAGGAGAUCUAGACAUCUCCUAAACUGGUAGAAAAAUCCUCUCAGAUUAUUCUCUAAGUGAAGUCUUCUACUGUAGGCUGGCAGUCUAAGGCUGUAGAUUUUUGGUUAUGCGUUUGGUUUUCUGAUAACUUCUCAUUCUGCUUUUCAGUUUGGUUAAGUGGUCACUUGGUUACUGAGAUGAAAUUUAUCAAAAAAGGCUCUUCUAAAACAGCCAGCACAGCUUCACCAAUCUCCAGGUGGAGGCCAGUGACAAUCGGUGUCCUUCAGGAGUCUGUCCUGGGAGCAGUACUUUAACAUCUCUAUCAACGACAGAGAUGAUGGGAUUGAAUGCACCCUCAGCAAGUUUGUUGAUGACACCAAGCUGAGUGGUGUAGUUGAUACAGCAGAAGGAAGGGAUGCCAUCUGGAGGGACCUUGAUAAACUCAAAAAUGGGCCCGUGUUAACCUAAUGAGGUUUAACAAAGAAAAGUGCAAGGUUUUUCACUUGGGUGGAGGUAAUCCCAGAUAUGCAUAUAGGCUGGGAGAUGAACUCCUUGAGAGAAGCCCUGCUGAGAAGGACUUAGGGGUCCUAGUUGAUGAAAAGCUUAGCAUGAACCAGUAAUGUGUUCUUGCAGCCCAGAGGCCAACUGUAUCCUGGGUUGUGUCAGAAGAGGGGUGGCCAGCAGUGUGAGGGAGGUGAUUGUCUCACUCUCCUCUGUCUUCUUGAGGCCCCAUCUGGAGUACUGCAUCGGAGUCAGGGGCCCACAGUACACGAGGGAUGUCGAGCCUUUGGAGAGGGUCCAGAGGAGGGCCAUGAAGAUGAUCAAAAGGCUGGAGCACAUCUCCUGUGAAUGGGAGGUGAGGUGCUGGAAUAGGUUGUCUAGAGAGAUUGUGGAUGCCCCAUCCCUGGAGGGGUUCAAGACCAGGUUGGAUGGAGCCCUGGGCAACCUGAUCUAGUACUUGAUCUAGCAGUUGGCAAUUCUACCUGUGGGAGCUUGGUCUUUCUGUAUCUUUCUUCACUCACCAAAGUCAGAUUUUCUUACCAAAGACUACUUUCUUUUUUAAAAAAAUCCGUGUUAUAUACUGAUACAGGUUUUUCCUUAUUUAAUUAUGAAGUAAAUAUGGUUAAAAAUGGUAUUUUAAGAUAAGUGACUAUUUCCAGAUUGAUGAUAUAUUUCAGCUGGUCAGAGAGGCUUAAAAUCAGUUCUUUGGGCAGUGACAAAGAGGGUAAAUAUGCAGAAAGGAAGUUGCUCUGAUGUCUAGGUUAUACUGUAUGUUGACCCUCUGGUUAAUACAGAGCCCUUAUCUUUUGCCUACAAAUUGUAAUCUCAGGAUUUUCAAUAGGGUGGCUCAUGAAAUUUGCAGCAAAGGUAGCUUUUGUUUUUAGCAGAGCAAAUGAUGCUUGCAGGAAGUGUAUAAUUUUGAAUGCUUUCUUCAUAUGUAAAAUCUUUUUUGCACUGGCCAUGUGGAAGGCUGCUCUGUAGAGAGGGAUUAUAAUUCCUGGCACUGAAGUCUCUUGCAGCAUCCUCUGAGGUACUGUGGUUUUACACUGCCCCUUACUGGACUUUCUUAUAGUGCAGGAACUAACAACUAUCUGGACGCCCAAAAGUUUGCUCCAUUGCAGGGUUUUGUGUGUUUGCAUUUUUUUCCUCUAAACUAUGAUUUGAAUAAAACAUAGAAUUGGUCUUUCACUUUGAAACUAGCAACCACUAGGCUUCACUUUAAACCACAUACAAUCUCUGUACAGUUGAGGAUGUUGGGUUCCUAAAUUGGCUGCAAGGGUAGAGUGAUAACCAGGGUAGGGUGAGGCAUGAAACAGUGCGGUGAUUUUAUUUUACUACUUUAUUUCAUUGUUUUAAAUCUGAAAGGUUUGAGUAAUCAGUUUUGUUCUGUGAUGUGUGGCACAAGCAGAAGUCUUAUUUAGGACUUCAUAGAUUGUAAGAUGCAAAAGGGAGUUAAGCAGAUGGAGUUUUGGUAUGUAAGGGGAAUCUCUUAGUAUUCUGUAGAUCCUAAUGAAUUAGCUUUUUUGUUUAGAGGGAAGCUGUGCAGGACUGCAAGCAAUGGCAUUUUCAAAAUUGAGCUCAAAAGUAUCAAAUGUUCUCUGCAUUCAUAGGACAUCGGGCUUAUUUUGUAUGACAGUGUUUUCUGUUUAUAUCUGUUGUGCUUCUGUGCAGAGUAAUUUUCAGCAGUAUCUGAAGUGCAGGAGAUAUUUUGUGGAAAUCAAAAAUCAAAAUGCUAACCUGGCAAGAUUCCCAGCUCCCCUUGUGAUGCACAGUUAAGCACCCGACUGAAGGAACUAAUUACUCAGAGUCCUCCAGCGGGAGACAUUCACAUACCCUGAAGUUCCCUGCCUCAGAAGAAGGGGACUUGAUGUGCAGGAUUGGUACAAGAUGAUGAUGUAUCAUAGGUCACACUGAAGGUCUCCUGAGAAGAACUGGCUUUGUAAGAGACUUCUCCUUUUUCUUCCUUUUUUUUUUUUUUUAAACAACAACUCCUCUAGAAUCUACAAGCAAGAUGCCAGCCAAGACACCCAUCUACUUGAAAGCCGCUAACAAUAAGAAAGGGAAGAAAUUCAAACUAAGGGAUAUCUUGUCUCCUGAUAUGAUCAGUCCACCACUUGGAGAUUUUCGUCACACCAUACAUAUUGGAAAAGAGGGACAACAUGAUGUUUUUGGGGACAUCUCCUUUUUGCAGGGAAACUAUGAAUUAUUGCCUGGAAAUGAAGGAGAAACUAGAGUUAGCCAAUCUGGUGGCCACAGUGAAUUCUUAAGGGCAAACAGCACUUCGGAAUCCAUGUUUACAGAAACUCCAUCCCCAGUGCUCAAAAAUGCUAUUUCCCUUCCUGCCAUUGGGGGUUCUCAAGCCCUCAUGUUGCCCUUAUUGUCACCAGUGACGUUUAAUUCAAAGCAAGAAUCCAUCAGGUCAUCAAGAAACCCACGGGUUAGCUGUGAGCCAGUAAUUGAAGAAAAGUUGCAGGAGAAAAGUAAACAGACGGAGAACGGAGAAACAUACAAAGAUGACGUAUGGGAGCAAAAUGGUUCUUCAUCGCAUUUUAUUAAUGGUAGAGACAGUAACUCAUCCAGCUUUUCUGAACGAUGCACUGAUUGGCAAACAGUUGAUUUGUUUGAAGAUAGCCGACUUUCGUGUGAACUAACCAAGACAAAGUCAGAAGAAUCCCUUUCAGAUCUUGCAGGCUCUCUUCUCUCAUUACAACUUGACUUGGGACCUUCACUUUUGGAUGAGGUCCUCAAUGUAAUGGACAAGAAUAAAUCUUAGAGCUGGUACUCCUUGCUUUCUUAGAAGUGAUUCACUUAAACAAAAAUAAACAAACACAGUUCAAGAGAAGAGACACUUAAAAAUCAGCUGUAUUUGCAGCUGUUUGACGGGUUUUCUAAAAAUAUUCAUAAAGUACUAUUUUUUUACCUAUUGUUUUUCAUAAUUUUUAUGACACUAAAUUCUCAUGACAGGAAGGUAAAUUUUAAGAACAGUUUUCAGCAAAUAUAAAAUGUUUUUAAGUACCAGUAUAAUGAUCAGAAACUUAAACAGAAUUUGAGGAUGAUAUUGAUCGUGACAUUUGGUUAGUUCACUUCUAUGGGCUUCUGAAUAUAUGAGACUCUGUAAGUGUCAGAAAGGAGAUUGGUAUUAAUUAUUCACUGUUAUAAAUUAUUGCAACAUCACUUUACGUGUAGGUCUCUUUCAAGAACCUUGUGCUUGGGGUCUUGGUUGUGUUUUUCUUCAUUUUCCCUAGUACCAUUUCUGUUAUACCUUCGCAGUAACUAUUUCUGCAGCCUUAUACUGCUCUGUAUCCAGAUGUAAACAGUUGAAGGCUUUUUCAGCUUCAGAGUGUCAACUGUUUUGAGUAUGCACGAAUUUUCACAGUUUGAGGCUUUGGGCCUGAUGUUGUAUAUGAAAUGAUGUGUUGUAAACAGGUGACACAUGCAAAAUACGAUGGUUAAAUUAUUUUAGAAGUUGAAAUAUAUUUUUGUGUGUAUCUUGGCUUUUUACUGUGGAACCUACACAUACAGUAUCUCAUCAAAAUAAUUGCUUGACAUUAUUGGUGCUCUUCUGAAAAUUGUAUAUUUGUGUGUUUGAAAACAAAUAUGUAUUGAUACUCCUUGCUUUUUUUCUUCAUUUAUUGCCACACAUGCUUAAACUUGCAACAGAAAACUGAUUUUUCAAGAAGGCACUGGUUAUUCACAAUGCUUGUGAUGUGUGCUGCAACAGGCAAUGUUUUGGGAAACAUGGAUCCUUUAAUACAGUAUCUACAUGGAUUGCAUAGAUAUCUUGUGCAAUACAAUAAAGCCAAUUAAAUUAC